UUCCGGGCCGAGUGGAGCAGCCUCUUGGCCGAGCUGGUGAAAGUGGGAGGAAUCACGGCGGAGGAGGCGAAGAAAUCAAGUUACCUGAACAUCGUGGGCAUGGUGGGCUCCAUCGACAACGAUUUCUGCGGCACCGACAUGACCAUCGGCACUGAUUCGGCGCUGCACCGGAUCAUCGAGAUCGUGGAUGCCAUCACCACCACGGCCCAGAGCCACCAACGGACCUUCGUGCUGGAAGUGAUGGGUCGCCACUGCGGCUACCUGGCGCUCAUCACCGCCCUGGCCUGCGGCGCCGACUGGGUUUUCAUCCCCGAGUCCCCUCCCGAGGACGACUGGGAAGAUCACUUGUGCCGGAGGCUGACGGAGACCCGUGUAGGUGGCUCGAGGGUGAACAUCAUCAUCGUGGCCGAAGGUGCCAUCGACAAGCACGGCAAGGCCAUCACCUCUGAUGACAUCAAAAAUCUGGUGGUGAAACGCUUGGUAAUGCAGCGUGGUGGGACACCCUCUGCCUUCGACCGCAUCCUG